CAACCCCUGCCGCCUUCCGCGACACAUCCUCUGUACUGCGGUAAAGAUGGCGGCGUCAGAGGGGGCGCGCAGCAGCCGGACAACGGCGACAGCUUUUUGAAAAUGCUGCUCAUUUUCGCUACUCUCGCUCGUUAAUUUUCGGACUCGACGACCACCUAUAUCCCCCCGGAGCGAACGGAGUGGCUGUCAAGCUGCUCGGGUUGUCAUUUUAACUCCAGACCGGGUGGAUUUAUGCGACUAGUUAGUUGGCUAACCCAGCUAGCUAACAGGGGAGAGUCCGCCGAGGAGAAGACCACGAAGGCGGGGGGAAGAAGAGGACCGCGGUUCGGUACUCUGGCGUCUCCGGCUCAUGGGAAUGUGAGCCAGCGGUCCGCGGGAGGGUGUGCUCGCUUCGUCCUGAACGUCCUGACCAACUCCGAACUACCGGGAUGGGACAGCAGGUAGGCCGCGUCGGUGAGGGCGCAUCGACCGGACUUCAGCCGCCACAGCCCCACGCGUCCCAACCGCACCAAGUGAAGGGGAGCCGGGGUAGCGUCGCUGGGAGGAGACCCCGGGAAGCCGGCAGUAACAUCGGUACACCGCCAGGCAGGACAGCGGCGAUCAAUGUCCCUGAUCCGUCGAUUAAUAUAUUCACCAAGCACUCAGAAGCUCUCCACAGGCCGUUCGGCCUGGACUCUGCAGCCCUGACAGAAGCGGUACGCUGGAGCUCCAAGGAGAACUUGCUGGGGGCAGCUGAGAGCGACCCCAACCUGUUUGUUGCACUUUAUGACUUUGUCGCCAGUGGGGACAAUACUCUCAGCAUCACGAAAGGCGAGAAGUUACGCGUGUUGGGCUACAACCAGAAUGGAGAGUGGAGUGAGGUUCGCUCUAAGAACGGCCAGGGUUGGGUCCCGUCCAACUACAUUACACCUGUCAACAGCCUGGAGAAGCAUAGCUGGUAUCACGGGCCUGUGUCACGCAGUGCCGCCGAGUACCUGCUGUCGUCCCUUAUAAAUGGCAGCUUCCUUGUCCGGGAAAGUGAAAGCAGCCCCGGACAGCUGUCCAUUUCCCUCCGCUAUGAGGGUAGAGUCUACCACUACCGGAUUAACACUUCCUCGGAUGGCAAGGUAUAUGUGACCUCCGAGAGCCGCUUCGCCACCCUGGCUGAGCUGGUCCACCACCACUCCACAGUAGCGGACGGCCUGGUCACCACACUGCACUACCCAGCACCCAAGUGCAACAAGCCCACCGUGUACGGUGUAUCGCCCAUCCAUGACAAGUGGGAGAUGGAGCGCACCGACAUCACUAUGAAGCACAAGCUCGGAGGAGGCCAGUACGGCGAGGUGUACGUGGGCGUGUGGAAGAAGUACAACCUCACAGUGGCAGUCAAGACGCUCAAGGAGGAUACCAUGGAAGUUGAGGAAUUUUUGAAAGAGGCUUCUGUAAUGAAAGAGGUCAAACAUCCAAACCUGGUUCAGCUUCUAGGUGUGUGUACAUUGGAGCCUCCGUUUUACAUUGUGACCGAGUACAUGCCACAUGGUAACCUUCUGGACUACUUGAGAGACUGCGACAAGGAAGAAGUGAAUGCUGUAGUUCUGCUCUACAUGGCCACACAGAUCUCCUCUGCAAUGGAAUACUUGGAGAAAAAGAAUUUCAUCCACAGGGAUCUAGCCGCAAGAAACUGCCUGGUUGGGGAGAAUCAUGUUGUUAAGGUGGCAGACUUUGGUCUGAGCAGGUUGAUGACUGGCGACACCUACACUGCGCACGCUGGGGCAAAAUUCCCCAUCAAGUGGACCGCGCCCGAGAGCCUUGCCUACAACACCUUCUCCAUCAAAUCUGACGUAUGGGCUUUUGGGGUCCUGUUGUGGGAAAUUGCCACCUACGGAAUGUCUCCAUAUCCAGGCAUUGAUUUGUCUCAGGUCUAUGACCUUCUGGAGAAGGGCUACCGCAUGGAACAACCCGAGGGAUGCCCACCAAAGGUCUAUGAGCUUAUGAGAGCAUGCUGGCAGUGGAGUCCAUUGGACAGACCAUCUUUUGCAGAAAUCCACCAAGCCUUUGAAACAAUGUUCCAUGACUCCAGCAUCUCAGAAGAGGUUGCAGAGGAGCUCUGCAAGAUGGCCUCCUCUGGUCAAAGCGGUGCCCUUCACGCGUUCAGCCAUGACACGCCCCUGUUGCCUUCCAAAUCUCGCACACACCUAAAGCACACGGAAAACAAGGAGAACAUCGAGAGUGGGCUAGACGGGCGGCCAGACCACGGCACUCAUGGCCCCUCAGGCUGGCCUCUGUUAGGAGGCAAUGGACGCUCGGGCAGCUCCCCAGCACUGCCCAGAAAACAGCAGCCACGUGAUAAAUCUCCGAGCAGCUUUUUAGAGGACACACUGGAUACGGGGACUUUCACACGAGACCGCAAGACUAGCUUCUUCAGCUCCUUCAUUAAGAAGAAGUCGUCAUCCUCGUCCUCCUCGCCGUCCUCCCAGCACCAACAGAACCUUCCGACGCCUCCCAAAAGGAGCAGUUCCUUUCGAGAGAUGGAGACGCAACCCCACAAGAAAUAUGAGCCUACUGCUGAUUUUAGCGCCCCGCCUCCCUCUGACAGUUUAGGGGGCUUCUCCGCCUCUCCCUCUCAUUCCCAAGGUGAGCCUGCCCAGGCUCAGUCACGCUGCUGUGGAGCCGCAUUUGGACAGAAGCCUUCUGGCGGAGGGUUUGUUUCACAGGUAACAAGUGGUAGCAGCUGGGGGGGACUUGCCGGCUUUUUUACCCCCAGGCUUAUCAAAAAGACCCUCGGGCUACGGACAGGAAAGGCGGUCUGCUCAGGGGAUGGUGGAACCAUAGUGGGGGGGCCGAAACCGUUACCGAGGUCCAAUUCUACCUCCUCUAUGUCCUCCGGGUUGCCAGACCUGGAGCGUAUUGCUCUGACUUUGCCCAGGAACCGCAGUGCUAAAGCUCCUCUGGAGAGGACUGCCUCCACAACCUCCCAGCCAGAGAACGGGACCGCACGGCCCACAGACACUCCGCUCAGGAGGAUGGAUGAGGGGACCGCACAGAUCAGGGAAAGGCCCAAAGCCAAGCUGCUACCCCGGACAACCGCUGCAGGGGGUAGGGCCCCAGGGGUUGGAGGGGAAGUGGGGGAAUCCGACGGGGGCGGGCAGCAAAGCUGGGCGUCCCCCUCUAAGACUUCUAGUUCAGUUGCUGCAGGUGCACAAACUCACAACCACAAAGUUCCGGUUCUUAUAUCCCCCACGUUAAAGAACAGCCUAGGAGACGUGCACCUCGUCGGAUUGGACUCUCAGGGGAACCGUUUCAAGCUUCUGUCCGAGCACCAGGCGGACCGGGACAGGCCGCGGCUUGUCAAGCCCAAAUGCGCCCCGCCACCUCCGCCGACCCUCCGCGGCAUGCAUCCCUCUUACAGCAGCGAGGGGGAUGAGCAGGUCGGAGCCACACCAGUCCAAGUCAACGGGGACUCGUUAAAAGGUCAUAAGUCAGGGCGACUGCCAGGAGGAGUGACCACGUGUAGACCGACAGUGCCUCCUCCGCAGGUGCCUCCUACUUCCUUCCCUGCCAACACAACUCCCACCAAAAUGUCCAACGGAGCACCCAGUGCCACAUCCUCCACGCACUCCAAAGCGGGGCUGAGGCGAACCAGGCAGCAGUCGGAAAAAUCGCAGCCGGAGCGCGUGAGCCGCGAGGCCCUGCUGGAGUGUGCUGAGUGCCUGAGCAACAUCCUCCACAGCAGCCCCGAAAGCCCCUCCAGCAGCCAAGUACUGGACGCCGGCCACCAGCUGCUGGACUACUGCUCCGGUUACGUGGACUGCAUUCCCCAGAUGAGGAACAAGUUUGCCUUCCGGGAGGUGGUGGGGAAGCUGGAGCUCAGCCUGCAGGAGCUGAGGGCCUCGUCCUCGGGAGGUGGUGGGGGGCCGAGCUGCGUGGGGCCCAACGUCCAACUAGAUAACCUGCACAGCUGUAUUAAAGAGAUUAGUGAUGUAGUCCAGAGGUAGCUGACACUAACGCCGCAAGAUUAUUUUAUUCCUUUAAUAUCGUAUUGACCAGAAUAUAAGAUGACCCUGAAUAUCACACAUCCUCUUUUACAAGUUUGUGGAAGAAGAGGGUGUUGUGACAAAUUGAUUUUUUAUUCAUUUCAUCCAUCCGUUGGUCUAAGAAUGAUUGAUCAAAUUCAUAUGACAGUUGUUGUAAUCUUCCAAUCAGCAUCUUUUUCUGUUGUUUGCUACAGGUGCGUUCGCUAAAAUAAACUCUGGCGUGUUUGCUCCACUAAGGCGGUUUAUUUUGGUCGAGUGUGAAUGCAACAAGCAAGCUGCCAGAUACUUUCUUUUGAGAGAGGUUUCUGUCUGCUUGUAAGGGGACUUUUCAAAAACACAAAACCAGUGAAGUUGGCACGUUGUGUAAUUCGUAAAUAAAAACAGAAUAUAAUGAUUUGCAAAUCUUUUUCAACUUAUAUUCAAUUGAAUAGACUGCAAAGACAAGAUAUUUAAUGUUCGAACUUAAUUUUUUUGUUGCAAAUAAUCAUUAACUUAGAAUUUAAUGGCAGCAACACAUUGCAAAAAAGUUGGCACAGGGGCAUUUUUACCACUAUGUUACAUGGCCUUUCCUUUUAACAACACUCAGUAAACGUUUAAGAACUGAGAUCAAUUUUUGAAGCUUUUCAGGUGGAAUUCUUUCCCAUUCUUGCUUGAUGUUGUUCAGCAGUCCGGACUCUCCGUUGUGGUAUUUUAGGCUUCAUAAUGCGCUACACAUUUUCAAUGGGAGACAGGUCUGGACUACAGUCAGGCCAGUCUAGUACCCGCACUCUUUUACUAUGAAGCGACGCUGUUGUAACACAUGCAGAAUGUGGCUUGCCAUUGUCUUGCUGAAAUAAGCAGGGGUGUCCAUGAUAACGUUGUUUGGAUGGCAACAUAUGUUGCUCCAAAACCUGUAUGUACCUUUCAGCAUUAAUGGCGCCUUCACAGAUGUGUAAGUUGCCCAUGCCUUGGGCACUAAUACACCCCCAUACCAUCACAGAUGCUGGCUUUUCAACUUUGCCUCUAUAACAAUCCGGAUGGUUCUUUUCCUCUAUGGUCCGGAGGACACGACGUCCACAGUUUCCAAAAACAAUUUGAAAUGUGGACUCGUCAGACUACAGAACACUUUUCCACUUUGCAUCAGUCCAUCUUAGAUCAGCUCGGGCCCAGCAUAGCCGGUGGCGUUUCUGGGUGUUGUUGAUAAAUGGCUUUCGCUUUGCAUAGUCGAGUUUUAACUUGCACUUACAGAUGUAGCGACAAACUGUAGUUACUGACAGUGGUUUUCUCAAGUGUUCCUGAGCCUGUGUGGUGAUAUCCUUUACACACUGAUGUCACUUUUUGAUGCAGUACAGCCUCAGGGAUCCAAGGUCACAGGCAUUGCCGCUUACGUGCAGUGAUUUCUCCAGAUUCUCUGAACCUUGUGAUGAUAUUACGGACCGUAGAUAGUGAAAUCCCUAAAUUCCUUGCAAUAGCUGGUUGAGAAAUGUUGUUCUUAAACUGUUGGACAAUUUGCUCACGCAUUUGUUCACAGAGUGGUGAUCCUCGCCCCAUCCUUGUUUGUGAAUGACUGAGCAUUUCAUGGAAGCUGCUUUUAUACCCAAUCAUGGCACCCACCUGUUCCCAAUUAGCCUGUUCACCUGUGGGAUGUUCCAAAUAAGUGUUUGAUGAGCAUUCCUCAACUUUCUCAGUCUUUUUUGCCACUUGUGCCAGCUUUUUUGAAACAUGUUGCAGGCAUCAAAUUCCAAAAGAGCUAAUAUUUGCAAACAAUAAAGUUUACCAGUUCGAACGUUAAAUAUAUUGUCUUUGCAGUCUGUUCAAUUGAAUAUAGGUUAAAAUGUAUUUGCAAAUCAUUGUAUUCUGUUUUUAUUUACUAUUUACACAACAUGCCAACUUCACUGGUUUUGGGUUUUGCAUUUCUUAGAAGCUUUGUGAAAUUUAACCCAAUAUAGAAAUAUCCUAUGUUCUCAACACAAUAGAGAGCACUCUGCUUUGGAAAUGUUGAGGUUUGUCGCAUAAUAUGCAUACAAUCUUUACUGUGCGGACUUUGGUCCCAUGAAGCCACGCAAACUGCACCAACUAUCCCUUUUUUUAAAUUUUUUAUCAGGACCUGCGUACCGAACCACAAGUGUCAACACAACCAAUAUUAAAGGGUGACAAAGAUUUCAGAGAAACCAAGUUGUCCUGCAGUAUUCUAUUGGUUUGCAUUUAUAAAUCCCAAGAUUGUUGUUUUUUUAUGGUGAAAAUACUCAUAUUCGGGUCAAUGCGGUACCUUUGGGAGGAUGCGGUGAUGAAAUUAGAACAAUGUGUUAAGUACCUCAGAGAAAUUUGUGUUGUUUACAAACAUAAUUACAAACUUAAUGUGGUGAAAUGAAUGUCAAGUGUGGGUCACCAGCACAGAUUGUUACGAAAGUGAACGCUCACUCUGCUUGUGUAUGUGUGUCUGUUAGUUGUGAGCAGCCCUACUGACUACACCAGACCCACUCUUAUUCAAGUUAAAGUACCAAUGAUAGUCACACACACACUAGGUGUGAUGAAAUUUGUCCUCUGCAUUUGACCCAUCCCCUUGUUCCACCCCCCUGGGAGGUGAGGGGAGCAGUGGGCAGCAGCGGUGGCCGCGCCCGGGAGUCAUUUUGGUGAUUUAACCCCCAAUUCCAACCCUUGAUGCUGAGUGCCAAGCAGGGAGGUAAUGGGUCCCAUUUUUAUAGUCUUUGGUAUGACUCGGCCGGGGUUUGAACUCACGACCUACCGAUCUCAGGGCAGACACCCUAACCACUAGGCCACUGAGUAGGUAUAAUCUGACUAUAAUCUAAUCAUUAAUCGACAAUGAAGCCCACCAACAUAUGAAUCGAUUAUUAUGCCCAUCAUUAGCUUAAAAUAAAUGUGCAAUGGGCAAUAUUGCAUAAUUUUUGGGGUUUUUUGUAUCGUAGGAAAAUCCAAAUGAAGCAUGACACACAACACAGGUCACUUAAUCAUAAACAGAAGAACAGAAACCUAUUUUACAAAACCCAAAACCAGUGAAGUUGGCACGUUGUCUAAUUCGUAAAUAAAAACUGAAUACAAUGAUUUGCAAAUCCUUUUCAACUUAUAUUCAAUUAAAUAGACUGCAAAGACAAGACAUUUAAUGUUUGAAUUGAGAAACUUAUUUUUUUUGCAAAUAAUCCAAUCCAAUCCAAUCCAUUCUCCCACGGCGUGGCGCAGUGGGAGAAUGGCCGUGCGCGACCCGAGGGUCUCUGGUUCAAUCCCCACCUAGUACCAACCUCGUCAUGUCCGUUGUGUCCUGAGCAAGACACUUCACCCUUGCUCCUGAUGGGUGCUGGUUAGCGCCUUGCAUGGCAGCUCCCUCCAUCAGUGUGU